GAACGGACACAGUAAAACAGGAACAAGGAAGCCCCCGUAAUAGUGUAGCCACCCAAUGAUGGGAGAAAACUCUAAGGUCCAAAUUUGGCGAAACAGCAAAACUGCCUGAAAACACAUUUGCAGUUUUGGUUGGGUGGCUCAAUUACAGCAGAGAAACGGGGGAGGGAGGUUAGGGACGAGCAGGACAAAAUAAGGCGACGGGAGAGGAGAGAAAAAAAAAUACCUGCUGUCUCUCUCCACCCUCCCUCCGUUUCGCCCCUUGCUGGGAAUCGAUUGGGCCGGAAGCUGAUUGUUGCAUUGCGAAAGAGGAAGAGGACAGUGGUGCUCGCCGUCACCAUCGAAGAUGUUCUCCUCGCCCUUCUCCGUGACCUCUUCGCACAGCAGCGAGCAUGAGCCGGUUGCAAGGGACAGCUCCAUCAUCGUCGCCGUCGACCGGGACAAGAACAGCCAGCAGGCGGCGAAAUGGGCGGUGGAUAAGCUCCUCACCAGGGGCAGCAUGCUCCAGCUCGUCCAUGUGAGGGUUGAAGCAAACAAAGAUGAGGGUGACGCAGAGAUAACACAGCUAUUUAUAUCAUAUAGAGGGUAUUGUGCUCGUAAAGGGAUGCAUCUGAAGGAGUUGAUCUUGGAUGGCACUGACAUCUCCAAAGCAAUAAUUGACUAUGCCACUAGCAAUGCCAUCACAGACAUUGUCGUCGGCGCAUCAACUAAGAACACAUUCAUCAGAAGGUUUAGAAAUCCCGAUGUCCCAACGUGUUUGAUGAAGAUGGCGCCUGAUUAUUGCACGGUACAUGUCAUCCACAAGGCAAAAGCCAUCCAGGUGAAGGCAGCCAAAGCUCCUGCACCCUUUGCUACUCUCCCUCCAAAGCAACACUCGCAACCAAACAUAGAGUCUGAUGCUUCAAGGGCCUCAAGAGGAGACUGGAAGAAGACUCCUCCUACAUCGUCUCCAUUGGCAAGUAGAAAUUCAGUGGACCGGUUAUCUGCCUAUGCAAAGGCCCCGUCGAGAGAUAGGCCUCUUACCGGAGCUAGGACAGCACCCCAGAAGGAUUUUGACGACUACAUCGAUUUCAUAGCACCACCGAGGCCCUCAGUGGCCCGUAGCUCCUUUUCAGAUGACAUUGAUUUCGCAAUGAGCAUGGAGCUGCCAUCCAUAGACUUUGGUGAAUCCAUGGAGCUCUCCUCAGCGAUGUCCAUGGAAAGCCUGAGUUGUGCCGGGGAUGUGGAAGCUGAAAUGAGACGCCUGAGACUAGAACUGAAACAGACAAUGGAGAUGUAUAACUCUGCAUGUAAGGAAGCUGUUGAUGCCAAACAGAAGGCAGCACAGAUGCACCAGAUGAAGGUGGAGGAGUCCAAGAAGUACCAAGAACUACGGAAUUCAGAAGAGGAAGCUCUUGCGCUAGUUGAAAUGGAGAAAGCGAAGUGUAGAGCUGCACUUGAGGCAGCAGAAGCUGCGCAGAAAAUUGCAGAGCUCGAGGCGCAGAAGAGAUUGAGAGCAGAGUGGAAGGCAAAGAGGGAGGCUGAGGAUAGGAAGAAAGCAACUGAUGCACUGAACAAAAAUGAUAUCCGGUACAGGAGAUACUCCAUCGAUGACAUAGAGGCUGCUACUCAUAAGUUUGAUAAGGCGCUCAAGAUAGGAGAAGGCGGAUAUGGACCAGUAUACAAAGCAGUACUGGAUCAUACCAAUGUUGCUAUCAAAAUCUUGAGACCAGAUGCAUCACAGGGGCGGAAACAAUUUCAGCAAGAGAUUGAAGUACUAAGCUGCAUGCGGCAUCCAAACAUGGUUCUGUUGCUUGGAGCCUGCCCAGAGUAUGGGUGCCUGGUGUACGAGUACAUGGACUAUGGGAGCCUAGAGGAUCGGCUCUGCAGGCGAGGAAAAACGUUGCCAAUCCCAUGGAGCAUCCGCUUCAGGAUCGCCGCUGACAUCGCAACUGGACUCCUCUUCCUCCACCAAGCGAAGCCAGAACCACUUGUCCACCGGGACCUGAAGCCCGCCAACAUCCUCCUCGACCACAACUUCGUCAGCAAGAUCAGCGACGUCGGGCUCGCGAGGCUGGUGCCACAGUCCGCGGCCGACGUCACGCAGUACAGGAUGACAUCGACGGCCGGCACCUUCUGCUACAUCGACCCGGAGUACCAACAGACUGGCAUGCUCACCACCAAGUCCGACGUGUACUCGCUCGGCAUCAUGCUGCUCCAGAUCAUCACGGCGAGGUCGCCCAUGGGGCUCACGCACCAUGUGGAGAACGCCAUAGAGAGAGGAGCCUUCCAGGAGAUCCUCGACCCGACGGUGACCGACUGGCCGGUGGAAGAGGCUCUGGAAUUCGCCAAGCUGGCGCUGCGGUGCGCGGAGCUGCGGAAGAAAGACAGGCCGGAUCUCGGGAAGGAAAUCUUGCCGGAGCUGAACAGGCUGCGCAAUCUUGGGCAUGAGUAUGAGACUUCCCAGGUCAGCUGCGCAAGUACGAACUGCUCAAGCUCCGCUCCUUACAGUUUCAAUAACGAUGACAUCUGAAUGCCAUGGGAAGGAAUCUUCCGCCGGAUCAAGCAAAUCAAGCAUACUCAUAAUUGUAUAGAGUAUAGACGGGCAUGAGGUUGCCUUCCAGGUCUGGAAAACCACUGCUGUCCAUGCUUGUUCAGAUUCAGUCCUGACUCAGAUGAGAUGGUCAUGGACUGCAGCGCCUGAUGAUGGGGCCUAAAAUAGUUCCAGUGAACCAAACGAGAUUGUUAGCGUGUAGAUAAGGGGAGCAUACAAAGGAAACUUAUGGUGUGUACAUGUGUGUAAAAUGUGUUGAUUUCUUUUUUGCUGUAACAGCAGCCUCAAGUUUCCAAACUAUGGUUUGCCUCCUUUAUUUAAUUCACCAGCUCGGUUCCUGAAAAAAAAA